AUGUAGAAGUAUGGUAAACGGUUUAAAGGUAUUAUUAUCCCUGUACCUAAAAUAAAAGGAGAAUUAAUAUUAAUAUAACAAGAUGUAAAAUUACCUGACUAUUGUAAAUUUAGCCUAAUAAAUAAUAUGGAAACAUUUAAAAGAAUGAAUAGAUCAAAUCAAGAAAUUAAGAAAACAUGUUUAUUAUUUAACAUGAAAGGUUAAUUUCCAUCAGAAAAAUUAAAAAUCUUUAUGGAAAAUAUCAAAAGAUAGAUAAAGAAUUAUUACUUCUUGUUAAUGGUUUUGGUUGGAAAUUACGAACAAUAAGUCUUAAAUACCUAUGAAGUAGAAAGGAUUUUAUAAAUGUGGCUAACUGAAUUAGACGAUUAUAAAUUAUGA